AUGAAGAACAUGACAGCAGGAAACCACUGCACAGUCACUGAGUUCAUCUUGGCUGGACUCUCAGAGAAGCCAGAACUCCAAAUGCCCCUUUUCCUCCUCUUCAUAGGAAUCUAUGUGGUCACUGCAGCCGGCAAUCUGGGCAUGAUCGCAUUAAUUGUGCUAAGUUCCCACCUGCACAACCCCAUGUAUUAUUUCCUCAGCAGUCUGUCCUUCAUUGACUUCUGUCAGUCCACAGUUGUUACCCCUAAAAUGCUGGUGAACUUUGUGACAGAGAAGAAUCUCAUCUCCUACACUGAAUGCAUGACUCAGCUCUAUUUCUUCAUCAUUUUUGGCGUUGCAGAAUGUUACAUGUUAGCUGCCAUGGCGUAUGACCGCUAUGUUGCCAUCUGUAGCCCCUUGCUUUACAGUGUCACCAUGUCCUAUCACAUUUACAGUUCCCUGAUUGCAGGAGUGUAUAUUUUUAGUGUGAUCUGUGCAUCAGUUCACACAGGCUUCAUGAUAAGGAUUCAGUUCUGCAAACUAGAUGUGAUCAAUCACUAUUUCUGUGAUCUUCUUCCCCUCUUGAAGCUUGCACACUCUAAUACAUACAUUAAUGAAUUAUUGAUUCUAAUUUUUGAUAUACUGAUCAUAUUUGUACCAACCUUGACCAUUAUUACUUCUUACAUCUUCAUUAUUGACAGUAUCCUCAGCCUUCAAUCGACCCAGGGCAGGUCCAAAGCCUUUAGUACCUGCAGUUCCCACAUCUUGGCUGUUGGUAUAUAUUUUGGUUCUGUUGCAUUCAUGUACUUACAGCCAUCAUCAGUGAAAUCAAUGGACCAAGGGAAAGUAUCCUCUGUGUUUUAUACUACUGUUGUUCCCAUGCUGAAUCCCAUGAUCUACAGCCUGAGAAACAAGGAUGUCACUGUUGCCCUGAAGAAAAUACUUCAAAGAAAAACAUUCAUGUAG